UUUUUGAGGCCCAAUUAUUGAGAAAUGAUCCAAACACGGCCUUAGCUUUGGUAUACAAUGCAGUAUAGAAAGAAGGAACUGCUAGUUCGCAUCUUAUUGCUCAGUCUUUGCGCUAAUCGAUUUUCUCUGUCGGUCAGUGGAUCGAUCGGAGUUUUCGCCGGAGUCAGGGGAAGGGAGGAUCAGACGAGCGAAGGAAUUCGUGAAGGAUGCAGAGGCUCCUGCCGCCGCAGCAUUCAAAAUUGAAGGCGGAGAACAUGCGGUUCCUCUGCCUCGCGGUGGCGGUGGUCGGGAUGAUCGGCGCGGCGUCGCUGGUGGUGGUGUUCGUACGGACCGGCGGAUCUCAUCCGAUGUUCUACGGCGCGUGGGCGCGGCUAUCGAUGGCGAGCAGCGCGACGGACCUGCAGCUGAAGGCGAUCAUCCACUACGCGACAUCGCACAUCGUGCCGCAGCAAUCGCGGCAGGAAAUCGGCGUUUCGUUCGACGUCCUCCGCUCGCUCGGCGGAUCCUGCAAUUUCCUUGUGUUCGGGCUAGGGCACGACUCGCUGAUGUGGUCGGCGAUUAACGCCCGGGGGAAGACGCUGUUCCUCGAGGAGGAUCCGAAAUGGGUGGAGACCGUCCUCAAGGACGCGCCGGAGCUCCGCGCCAACACCGUCCGCUACCGGACGCAGCUCUCCGAAGCCGACGAGCUUAUGCGCCAUUUCCGCGAGGAGCCGGACUGCUCGCCGGAGAAAUCCUUCAUUCGCGGCAACGAUAAAUGCAGAUUGGCGCUGAAUAUGCUAUCGGAUGAAGUGUACGAUACUGAGUGGGACAUGAUAAUGGUGGACGCGCCGCGGGGGUAUUUCGACGCGGCGCCGGGGAGGAUGGCGGCGAUAUACUCUGUGGCGGUGAUGGCGAGGAAUCGGAACGGGUCAGGUGACACGCACGUGUUCCUGCACGACGUGGACCGCCGGGUCGAGAAGAUGUACGCCGAUGCCUUCUUCUGCAAGAAAUUUCUGGUCAAGGCGGUCGGCCGCCUCUGGUACUUCAGGAUUCCCCCCGCCGCUAAACGCAGCCGCGGCGGCUUCUGCUAGGACGCGCCCCCUGCCCUUUUGCUAGGAUGCGCCCCCUGCCCUUUUGCUAGGAUGCGCCGGGAUUGGACUUUUGUGGUUCCUGAAUUCACCCUCUCUCCCACUCUCGUUCACUCAUGCUUGAUCUAUUUUAUUUAUUAUUUCUUUUAUUAUUAUUAUUAUUAUUAUUAUGUUAUUACAGAGUUUGGGUGUAGUAUGCGUGUUUAAUGUUAAAAAAAUAUUGAUUUGAAUUUAAUAUUAAAAUAAUAUUUAAUGAAA